UCUCUGUGUUUUCUAAAAUUUUCUUCCCACGUCGUUCACACACUGACUUGGAAGUUCUAAAUUUCCUGUUACAGAAUUUUACUACCUUUAUCAGUCAAACUGAAGGCGAUAAGACUCUAAAGUUACCAUGGGCGACAAACAUUUCGGAUCGCAUCUGAAAACCAGUGAAAAGGUAUGUAAUUUCAUGUUGACCGGUCAUUUUGCAUUGAUGUUUUCAUUUCAGUGGCCGGCUUAAAGUAUUAAGCUUACUUUAAAACACUCAAGCUCGUUAAACGAGCAUUGUUUUCAGAUUUAUAAAAAAUUAUCGUUAGUUCUUUUAUUGUUCGUAACUUACAAUUAACGUGCAUGUUUAUUAAUUAUUAUUUAUGGUUGUCCCAAAUACAAUGGGUGUUACGAAAACUAAGACUCUCGAAAACGAAGACCUAAGAUCUAAGACCCGUCUUAGUUUUCGAGAUUGCGAAAACUAAGACCCCCUAAAAUCGAAUCCGUCGAAAUAUAAAGUCAAAUUGUAACCGAAAUAGGUCUGAUCUGUCAAAUUAUAUCAUGUUUGAUCCUUUCCACCGAGUUUUAGGUCAAAUUUAACGGUAAAUUUAGGGGUCUUAGUUUUCGUAAUUACGAAAACUAAGACCCCUCUUAGUUUUCGUAAUUACGAAAAGGUGAUAGUUACAGGUAACGCAAUCUCGAUCGCAGAGACACGAAGAAAAACAUCCAUCUCCAGUGGAAAGCCAAUUUCAUGAUUUAAAGGAUAAACAACAAAAUUAAAGACCAACAGGGGUAAGGCAUAUUUUCAGUGUACAAUAGAUCUGUAGGAAGUCUAUCACUUUGGUCCUCUUUUUUAAGCGAGUCUUCAAAUUGUUAGCGCAUUGUAGAUCAGCACGCGUGUGAUAGUAAUUUUUAUUUGUCUUAUGGAUUAUAGUCUUCAAACGGUCGUAAUUCGACUUUGUAGAAAUGUUAGAGAUUGUUUUGGUGGGGGUCUUAGUUUUCGUAAUUACGAAAACUAAGAGGGGUCUUAGUUUUCGUAAUUACGAAAACUAAGACCCCUAAAUUUACCGUUAAAUUUGACCUAAAACUCGGUGGAAAGGAUCAAACAUGAUAUAAUUUGACAGAUCAGACCUAUUUCGGUUACAAUUUGACUUUAUAUUUCGACGGAUUCGAUUUUAGGGGGUCUUAGUUUUCGUAAUCUCGAAAACUAAGACGGGUCUUAGGUCUUAGGUCUUCGUUUUCGAGGGUCUUAGUUUUCGUAACACCCCAAAUACAAUAAUUGCUGUCCUAGUAUUUAAAGUUUUAGUAGCCAUAUUAUUUAAAAUUUUAUCGAGUCAGAAAAAUGAUGGUGACAUCACUGAUCUGAAAGAAACAACUGUUUACAACCGGCGCAGGUUUUCUUACCGUAUGCUAAGCUAGAUCAUUUCAAAAUCGAAGAAAGCAGCGCGAGGAGUUUGGCGAAAAUACUUAAUAACUGUAAAACUUGUUUACGUUUAUGCAUCAGUCAAUUCCAGAUGUGCCCAUGCCUCUCCGGGGUAAACCCCAGGCGUUAGCAUUUUUCUUCUUUUUGGAUGGUAAAUUCCUGGGGGAGGAAUGCUUAAAAAGUCAACUACCCUGUAGUGGGAACAAAAAUAGGAGGGCAAGUACCCCACCCAUUGGUUGUCCCUAAGGUCAUUUAGGGUGUGUUCCUUUCAGCGAAUCCAAAAACGGAUUUUUGAUCCUAGAUUUGCCAGAUUUCGCGGUUGAAAGGAACAGGAAAAACCUAAAUUGGAUUUGUAACCUUGGUAACCUUUCGCCAACGCGUGCAAUAUGCACGACAGCCUCUCAAGAAAAGACGUGUUUUCUAUUGUUUGACAAAUUAUGUGAUUAAACCGUGCAGAAUUUAGUGGUCGGCAGUUCGAAUAGCGACGAUGGAACAUAUAAAACAGGCAAAGAAAGAAGCGCAUUAAAAUUGAAAAUUAUCUAAAGAAUGUCGGCCAGUUUGAUCCAGUUCCAUAGCUCGGAUUUAUCGAGUGCCUGUCGCGUCUACAAGCAAGUUUGUAGUUAGAUAGCAGUUCAUUUGUUACUUUUACUUAUUUCUGAUUUCAAGCAAUCUUUAGAGACAAAUGGUUAGUAUAUGGAUAUUUUAAUGUACCAGGAACAAUCUUCUAGUGUUUUCAGAUGUUUUGCGGCAAAUGGCAGCAACAGGAAUACUUCAACUGGAAAUACCGCUGGAUCAUCUGACUAAUUUCGGAUCCACUGUGAAUGGAACAGCGUAGAUCAGUAAUCCAUUAAUCUGGAUUUGGAUUCUUCGGAUUUCAAUUCCAAUGAAUCCUUUUUCAAAAAGGAUUCACCAGAUCAAACAUCCGGAUUUGGAUUUGCCGAAAGGAACGCGAAAUCCGUUCUUAGAUCUAAAAUCCGUUUUUGGAUUCACCGAAAGGAACACACCCUUACUGUCUUCGUUGUGGAGUUUUUGUUGGUCAGGAGUUUUCAUUAUGGGUGCUACUGCAUCCACUACUGUAUCAUCUUUAUAGAGCGUUUUCACAUGACGUCAUGGCGGCCAUUUUGGUGUUCCAAAACAAUGAAACGGCGGCCAUGUUGGUGUACCAAGAAAAUCCUUUGGGAGUUGAACUCUUUUCUCAUGUAAAUGCUUUCUUUUGUUCCAAUAAAUUAGCAUAGAUGCUGGCCACGUGAGUGAAAACGCUCUAUUUACAAGGAAAACAAAUAUGUGCUGUAAAUUGAAAGAUUGAAGCCAACUAAGCAAGACAAAACUGGUACCUUAAUGAUACAAGAGGCGGGGGCCGGGGUCUCCCCUGGCUACUAUGAAUGUGGCCCCCAGCUUCUUUCAUCGAAAAAUAGAAGAAAAAUAGAAACCAAAAGAAAUCUCUAGCUGUUUGAUUCCCCACCUGCUUGUUGUAUUUACCCGGCAACUUGAAAUCUUAGUGACACCCCAGUGAUAUGCUUUGUGUUUAAUUGCCCAGGCGUCAUUUCCUUCCUUAAAGCCUACCAUAGGUAUAAAAAGUAGUAGUAGUUCAAUCGGCUAAAAUACCAGUAAUGGGUGAAAGACUAGUUCAGCUUCUUUCCAACCCGGAACUCUUAAUGAUGCCUGAAAUAUUCUUGAUUGGGUAGCAAUGGCAUCAUACAAUGUAGCGUCUUUGUGACAUUAAUGGCAUAUUUUUCACGUGGUUUAUAAUCAGUGAAGUAAGAAGUGCAUGAAAACACCUUCCCUUGAAAUUGUUGAAUGCUUAUACAGGAGCUAGUGCAUGUUGAUAAAACCAGUUUUAUUGGUUCCUAAAUUUUCAAAGUUUAGAAAUCAAAUGUAAUUUUUUCAAAAGAGGCAGAACUAGUUUGAAAUAUCAGGAGUUUAAAAAAAUUGGGGGUUAAAUUAUUGUGUCUGACCAAAGCAUACCCAGGGGAAAUGACUUUCGGCUCAAAAAAUUGGGAGUUUUAAAAAUUGAGUAGUCAACAAAUUGGGAUUCCACUGUACUACUGGCAAAGAAAGCUUUACUGUCUGGGAUAUUAGGUCAUACCAAUCCACCAAUCCCCUGAUUACAUUGCUUCAGUCUCCCCCUCACAAAACAAACAAAAUCUAGGAGAGCUGGGACACAGUGAAACUCCUGACCAUUGUGGAUGAUCUGGUCAUAAACCAGACCUUUUGGAUUAUAAAAAUUAAAUUAACUGCCCUAUCCCCUCAAACCCCAGGUCAACAUGGAGAUAACUCUGAGUUGAUGUUAAAAUAGAUUUUUAACCCCCAACCCAUGGUUAACUGGCAAAAUACCCACCCAGGCAUCUUAUUAAUUAGGGCAGAGGGUUUUCAUUUAAACUAGUGACUGCAUUUAAGAUGAAUUACAGCUAUUUAUAAAGCCAGUGGCUAUUUGCACUGGACUCAUACACUGGCUUGUAUUUGCUAUUAAUACAGGAAUUCUAAGUCUCCUGAAAUUCUGCUCAACAAAUGUUCAUGGAAGUGAAAGUUUCUUCAUUUUUAAGAAAAAAAAAUUCAGUGGCAAUUUCUAAGGCAAAAAAAGGUUCAAACCCGGUGUGUAGUGAAAGCAGUUGACUACCUAAACCACUACAUCACUGAGCAUUCACUGCCUAGAUUUUGUUUGAUUUCAUUUAUUUAUUAUAUAGCAUGAACCCUAACCAUUUUGAGUCAGUGCUCAACUCUAAUCAAUAUAGUCAGAAUCCUGUAUCGCAAAUACGAGUCGGAAUCACCAUAAGGAAACUUGACACAAUCGAAUCCCCAUGCCGCCCCUCCCCGCCCCACCCCACCCUUGCAUAGUGUGGAAAAAUCCUGGGAAAUACCUCAACCCCAGGCAUAAAAAUGCAAGUCAGUCCAUGACUGGGCCAGUAUGCUGAUGGAAACCUCUAUGACUAUGGUGUGUUUAUGGUUGAUCCUCUUUCUUGAAUUUGCUGUUGGUUCCUGGCCCCACCUCAUGGGUUUUUCUUGGGUUAUCUAGUUUCCCUCUCCCUUCAAAAGGCGACAUUUUGAAAUUGCAGUUUCAUCAGAAACUCAAAGUUCAUUAGUUUACUAUAAUUAUGAGUCAAAAGACUGUUAGGUACAACCCCUGCGAAAUAAAUGUAAAAAAAAUGUACAUGUUUUAUUAACAGUGGAAGUGUUGUAGUUAAUUUUUUAUCGCAGUUAAUUUUUAUUUUUCCAUUGUUUUUGGGUAUGGUAAUGUAUGCUAAUGAUUUUGAAACAAAGGAAAAACAAAAAUUACCUGAAAUAAAAAAAUUAACUGCAACAGAAGUACUGACUCAGCUGUUCUGUGUAUGAAAGUUUACACUGACACUCUACUAAAAAAAAAAACAAGAAAAUAAUCAAUAAUAUUAAAAACAGUAUGAGAAGGGCUCCAUCUGUUUACAGCAUACACUGUAUGACUCAAAUCGUACGCUAAUGGUAAUGGUCAGAGUGAGUCUGGCUGAAAUACGUACCUCUGGGUUGGAAGUUCAAGUAUUGUUUAAUUAACACUUACCACAAAAAAUGUGGCCUUAUUAUUGAAGGGUUGAUUCUUUUAGGUUCUGCAAUCAGUGGUGAAACUUUUUGUGCAGAUUUCUACACCUAACUAUAGCAUGCCAUGGCAAAUGAAGCGACAACAACAGGUCUUUGGAUCUGGAUUUGUCAUUUCUGGUCGAAGAAUACUCACAAAUGGACAUGUGGUAGCAUACCAGAAGUCUGUAAGUGACUAUACUGAAGUGUUUUUGAGUCCCUUUACCUUUUUAUACCAAAGGCAUUUUAAGUGAUGAUUGCUAUAAUUCACACCAGUGUUCUAAUUUGUGUUGAGUAUCAUAGUGUGUCUCAUGUACAAUAUAUUACAAGUCAUUUGGACUAAGUAGAUUUUGCCAAGAAUUUUUUUCACGCUCACAUUUGUUUUGUGGAAACAUUUUGUGGAGCAUUAUAAAUAAAUACACAAAAUGAAAAUAACAUGAAAACAUGAGAACUAAAAAAGUUCUUGCUCUGCCAUAGUUGUGAUAAUCAUUAUUUUGAUGUACGUUAUGGAUAGGAUGUUUCUAAUUUCAGGUGCGAGUGCGCAAGCAUGGUGAUGCCAAGAAGUAUAAUGCACAUGUCAUCCACGUUGGUCAUGAAUGUGACAUUGCCAUGGUAACCAAAGCUGUUCUUCUUGUAGUUGCUGUUAUUACAUUUUGUAUUGUUGUUGUUGUUAUUAUUAUUAUUAUUAUUAUUAUUAUUAUUAUUAUUAUUAUUAUUAUUAUUAUUGGGGGAACAAGAGGAUCCUGCAAUCCUAAUCUCCUGGCCUGGGUUGCUCGAAGCAUGGUUAGUGCUAACCAGCAUUAAAUACCACCUAUACAUUUUGAUGCCUCUUAACCAACAGUUAGCGCUAACCAGUCUUCGAGCAACCGGCCCCUGGUUAUUAUAAUUACGCAUGCAUCGUAUUUAUGUAGCCAGCAUUUGUUUGGGCUUCCAUUAAGAAUCAAUGAAAUGCACAGAAUGCAAUUUGGACCUUCUAUCAGUCGUAAUGUGAUCACGCUUGUUUUGACCAUCUGUCAUGUGAAACUUACACAAAGCACAGCUCUGGAACAAAAGCGUUUUGCAUUUGAUCGUUGUUGCCUGCACUCUGUAACCUUUGGUUAUUAGUAGUUAUUGUUAUUAUAUUUAAACCAGACAGACUUUCCUUAUGUACCCUGGAUCCCAAUCUCUUUUCCAGUACAGGUACAUGCAGUCUUUUGUCCCGGCUUAGGGUCGUAAAUUCUUUUUUGCCCUUUUGUAUUUAUGUGGAUUUCUCAUGAAAAAGGCCUUGCUUGAUUGAGGUUUUUGAUGUCAAAGGUUUGUAAUGGGUUUUAAAAUUUUGCUUGACACACUUAACUCUGUUAACUUAAUGUCUGGACCAUGUGUGAUUGCUGGCAAUUUUGUUUCUUUUUUUUUCUUUCUGUCUUUUUUGGUCAUCCUAUUGCUUGUUAUGCAAAGCUAAAAAUAUCCUUUAAGUCACAUGUAAUAAUCAACUGACAGUUACUGUCACUUCAGAAAGUUACUGUCACUGUUCCAGAAAGGUCAGCACUUUUUAACAUCCGUCGAAAGGCCCUUAUUCCUUAUUGUGUCAGAUUAGGGUUAAGCACUGCCUUUGAUUAGGGUUAUUUAUAAGCACUACUUCGAAACUGGCUACCGAUCCAUUGAUGUACUGAUCCAUCGAUCCAGGUUCAUUUGUUGGGUUGGGGUUGAUACUAUAUGUACUGAAAUUAUUUCCCUACCAUCAAACAAUCCUCAGUGGUUUAGUGGUUAGUGUGGUGUACUUACUGGGUCUUCUGGGUUGUGGGUUCGAAUCCUACUGCCCUUCAUGUCAAUUUUUUUUCCUUUCAAAUUGAAGAGACUUGCACUUUCAUGAACAUUUCCAGCUUGAAAUAUCGUCUAAGUGUGAUAUAAAAGUAGACAACAGUUCUACCUUGUGUAAAUUUCAUAAGGUGUCCAAGGGCCUCUCAACGGAUGUUAAUGAGUGCUGACUCAGAAAGUACAUAAUGUAAAGGUUGUUUGUAAUAAUAGUUGGGUGUAGCAGAUGAGACUUUCUGGGAAGAUCUCUGUCCACUGGAGUUUGGCAAAGUCCCUGCUCUUGAAGAAGAUGUGGUUUGUGUUGGUUUUCCAACUGGUGGAGAUAACAUCAGUGUCACAAGAGGGGUGGUGUCUAGAGUAGAGAUUCAAAGAUAUGCACAUUCUGCUGUGGAACUCUUAGCCAUUCAGGUUUGUCUCCAAGUUAAACCAUUUUGAUGCUGUCAUAUUUAUUAUGUCUGUAUUUUUAUUUUAUUGACUUGCUGCUUUGAAAAGUACAAGAAACUAACUUUUUUGUCUCAAGAAAUUGCCAUGAAGGAAAUUGUUUAGCCUAGAGAAAAGUACAUAUACUUGGUCCCAGCCCUCUUGAAAUUUUCACACUCUAGAUCUAACUAACUUAGUUCAAAGUACUUUGCUUUUCAUUUUAAUCAACUGAUAACCUUGGCUAGUGGUGAUGAGUAUAGAAAACAUCUUUUCUCUCAGUUAAAUUUGGCAACAGACUGAGGAACUUCAUGAUUUUAACUGGUGACCAAAAGUCUUCCUUAUAAAUAAUGACCUCUCCUGAAUUUCUUUUUAAAAAAGGGUUGGGUCAGGACAUAUCACUCCAGCUGAGGGAUACAUCUCCCUUGAAGCCUUCUUUUCUUAUUAUUAUUUACUCUUUUUGAACUUGCUUAGAAUAGUGCUCCUCACCUGAAAAUGAAAGCUAUUGAGAGUAGAUUCUAAACUGCCUAUCUAUUUGAUUUAUAUUUGUUAUAUUUGACUUCAGAUUGAUGCAGCAAUAAAUAGUGGAAACAGUGGCGGUCCUGCUCUUCAAGAUGACAAAGUAAUUGGAAUUGCAUUUGAGACCCUGGAUAAUGCUGAGAACAUAGGAUAUAUCAUUCCUGUAAGAAGAGUUUGACAUGUCUUUUUUUGCCUGCAAUCUGUCUUAUUUACGACGCUGUUAUCCAAUCGUUCUAUAAUUCCCUUGUCAGUUUCUCAGACGUUUUCUGUAAUGUAAAUAAGUUCUUCUUUUCAUAUGAAAUGUGUUCUAACAAAAAAUUCUGGAACUAAAACAGUGACCAUUAAAAUUGAUUUCCUUUAACUUGCUGCAAAUUGUGUGGCCUUUGUUGUUAUUGUAAUCUGAGCAUUGACCUUUCGUACUUAAUUUAUGGAAGAAAAUACAGAUGAAAAUUAUGGCGGCUACAAUUUGCUCCAGAUUUGAAUUUACAUUAAUUAAUAUGUCAGUAAUUAUUAAUACUGCAAACAAAAUGAUUACUUAGCCAUGUGUCAUGUUUUUCUGCCACUCGAGCUAUUUAAAGCGUUAUAUUUUGCAAGAAAGAUAUUUUAAAAAACAGCUUCAGGCUGUCAAAAAACUUGACACACAACUAAGUUAACAUUAAAUUUUCAUUUGAACAACAUCCACACCAAUAGAGGGUGUUCUGGCUGGUAAUUUCUUGUAUGUUCUACUAAACACUUUCUUCUGGAUGACGAACUGAAUAUCAUUUACUGCUUUUAUGAAUCUAGUGUUGACAAGUACACCCAUCUUUGCAUUGUACUUCAUACAUGAAUCUAUUUUUACUGAUAAAAGUAAUAAUACCGGUAUAUAAGAGAAAUUUAUUUUAUCUUAAGCCAUGAGACAAAGUUGUUAAUUGGUGACCUGCUUAUGACGAGUAAAACAUUUCUAAACUUUUUACUUAAUAUGAACAGGUAACAAUCAUAAAACAUUUCUUGGAUGAUAUUGAAAAGAGCCACAUAUACAAUGGUUUUUGUCGCCUUGGGAUCAAGUGGCAGCCAAUUGAAAGUGAGCACAUGCGGAGUUACUUUCAGUUAUCCAGUGAUCAGACAGGAGUCUUGGUCACAAAGGUGCUGCCUUUAUUCAGCUGCAGUAAUGUGGUUAAGCGAGGAGAUGUGCUUAUGGCUGUUGAUGAAGAAGUGAUUGCAGAUAAUGGAACGGUAAGAAUAUCAGAUGUUAGUAUAGGUAAUAGCAUGGUUUGUAGUGAUAUUUUGGCAUAAAUUAUCAUGAGUGAUAUUUUGAAAUUGUUAUACAUACAUGUUAUUUCACGAGCCGUUAGACGAGUGAAAUUUGAGACAAUUUUGAAAUAUCACAAGUGGUAUUUAUGCCAAAAAUAUCACGUACUUAUUGUGUACAAAUCAUGCUAUUAUUUGUUUAUACUACUACCCGCAAAGGUUUUGUAAUUUUCACGUGCAGAUAUUUCAAAUUAUGCUGAAAUACCACUGCUCUAAGCCAAUCAAAUUGCAGAAAUUUCUCAUGUAGUAGUAUAAUAAUUAUAUAAACACCAAUGAAAUACCAGGUAAGCUUUCCCACGAAAACACAUGUGAAAAUAACAUGUUAUCUUCACACUUGAAAUAUCAGCGUUACUAUGGCUACAUAAUUAAUUGCACCUUUCACAGCAAAAAACUAUUAAAGUGAAAUGGUUUGGUAUUUCAUUGGGGUAUAUAUAACAAAUAGAACAUUACAUGGCCGUGUUGAAAAUAUAUUCAACGAGUGCGCGCUUCAACACUGGAAGAGAAAUUUCGCAUCUCUGCGCGACCAUGUAAUACCCUCUAUUUCUUAUAAAGGGGAGUGUCAAUAUAAACUGUGCUGCUACAAUGGUGCUGUGGGGGAGUGUUAUCAACUGUUGAUUAAAAAGCCUGUGAGCAAGCUCUCCAUUCCGUGGCAAGUGAAGUAGAGCCGCACAAGAACAUACGAACAAGGGUAAAGCCACAAGGGGCAGAGAUAAGGACUCAGGCUUGAAACACUCUCCUUUCCCCUCCCCUUCCCUUCCCUUGCUCUUGCCUCUCCUCUCCCGUGCCACUCACUCAUGGCUUCCCCUAAAUGGAAUGUUUACUUGUAGGCUGUUGAUUAUUACAUAAAUUUUCCACUGUAAAGAUAUUUCAUGUAGUCAGUGGAAGACAAAGAUAAUUAAGUUGUUAGCAAUGGGAAAAAAUGAUGAUGUUGUGGAAAAUACAACUCAUUAAGGGAAAACUUUAUGCCCAAACCAAAACAACUACUUGAACGAAAAACUUAUAGCUGAGUCCUAGUCAUAAGUGGUAACGUUGGGAUGGGAAACUGAAAAGCCUGAAGUUAAAGAAAUCCUUAGCAAAGUACCAACGAAAAUGAAUAAAAACCCUACCUUACUUGUAUUAAAAUUUGCACAGUACUAGAAUUCGCACAGUGCUGGGUGCACCAAUUUUCAUACUGCGUGAAUUAUAAUCCGCGUGAAAAGCUUCGUGGUGUAAUAUGAGACACUCAUUGUUAGUAAUACAAAUGAGUUGAUUUAUUAACGCAUAUACACAGUUGAGUUAAGGGACGGACCAUUAGAAAAGUUAUGGGGGGGGGGAGGGGAAUUUUCGAGCUGCAAGAAUUUUUUUUCGUUAUCAGAUUCUUUGCAGGAAUUUUAUUUAGGCCAUUGCAUGAAUAUUUUUUAGGGUUAAUUGGCGUGCAUGAAUUUUUUUUCAUUUAAUUUUCCCUUGCGCGAAUUUUUUUUUUGUACUUCGCCCGCCCCCCCCAUAAGUUUUCUAAUGGUCCGUCCCUAAGUUGAAUUUUUGCUUACAUUACAUAAUUUUGAAGGCAUUUUUUGAGGGCCACCUAAUUGCUUUUUGAUUAAGUUUUGACAAAUGUUGUAUGAUUUGUUGAUAAAAACACUCAUUAUAAAUGCGUUAAUUGUUAGUAGCUCUAUUAAUACAAGCCAAAAAGAACGAACACGGAAAAUUAGUGAGAAAUAACCGAACUACUCUCUAUUCAUUUCGAGUUAAAUUCGAGAGUUAGGAGUUCGAGUUAAGAGUUAGGUUAUUUCUCACUAAUUCAUAAGCUCUGCCACAAAAAUGCGAAAAAAGGGGGUGCUAUAAUUCAGUGCUACAUAACGGCAUAACGGAAAAUUAACUACUUGGAAACUAGAUAAAAGAUAUGUUUUUCUUACUGUGUCCUAUAACCGUGUGCUGACGUCCAGUAAGUAACAGUGUUUUUAUAUCGUCAAAAGGGUAGUAAAUGAUGUGAAGAGUUGCGCAGAUCUUGGAGACGGUUAUCUGCCUCCAUAAUCUGUAUAAUUCUUCAUAUUAUACUCAACAUAAUAAGCGAACAAGCAAUAACAAGCAUAUCAACAAAGAAGCGAUAACUUGGGUAUUAGUUAAAUAUUUCUCACCGGUAGAAAAACCCGCAGUUGUCAAAGAAAGUGUAACUGGAUUUCUUCUAAAUUGUGUCUCUUCCAGGUUCAUUUCCGUGGAAACGAGCGCAUUCUGUUUGAUUACAAAUUGUCGCAAAUGUUUCUUGGUGACAUGUGUAAGCUGAAGAUUCUGAGGCAGGGUGAAGUAAUGACAGUGGAGGUUAAACUUGACUUGGUAACAUCACUUGUUCCUACUCAGCUGUAUGACAAGAGACCAAGGUACGUACUGACUGACUGCAAUACACGGCACACCCAGGUAUCAGCCUGGCCCUCUGUUGUUCAGACGUUCACUAUCCAAAUCACUUUCCAGCGGAAAAUUAUUAGGAACCCCUAUUGCAGUAUGGUUUACGGUCAAGUUGCCCUAAAGUCAUCUCGCCCGCGAAGUUAUGUCGCCUGAAAUUUUAUAGACUACGAGUAGUCCCCAUUUUUCCCCAGGGAUAGUAAAGCAAGCGAAAUGUGAGCGCGCGUGAAAAUAACCCCACGCGAGAAAGGCGCCCCGUCUCGCCUUUCUUGCGUGGGAUAAUUUUCACGUGCGCUCGCGUUUCGCCCGUUCUACUAUCCCUGAGGGAAAAUGGGGACUACUCGUAGUCCAGAAAUUUUAUCAUGCUCAGCAACAUCCUACACCUUAAACCUGCUUGUUUCGUUUCAUCAAAACUUUAAGAACAAGACAUAUUACUGAUGUGAUGUGCUUGUUUCAUCAAAGCUAAAAGAACGAGAUACGAAGUUAUGAAUAUAUGAAAAUCAUAUAGGAGAACUGCGGGGUGAAGAAUUUAUAUGAACGAAGAUCAUCGCAGUUACAGACUCAACUUUUGCAGCUGCGAAAAAAAAGCCUGAAAAAAUUUUUUUCGCAGACCUUGUUCUGAGAAGGAGAUAUGUUACACGUUCAUCUCGCUUGUUUCGUCUCUUCAUCGCAUAAAGAACGGGUUAUGAUACUCAUUCAUCCCGCUUGUUUCGUCUCACCAUAGCAUCAUCGGGCGACAUGGCUCUGGUUUUGGGCGAUAUAACUUCGGGUGAGAUGACUUUCGGGUGACUUGACCGGUUACCUGCGAUAUUAUAAGCCGGGAUAAAGAUUAAUCUAGUGGAUCAUAGUGUUAUCCACCCUUUGAACAACUGGGGUCUGGUCUUAUGUCAGUUAGCCUUUGUUUCUAGGUAAAAAUUAUUUUGUAAGAAUUUAUUUCAGUGUUAAAAAUGACAAAAUUUACAAUUUGGGUUUUGCAAAAGUCCCGUCGCGACCCCUCUAAGUAAAGGAAUAGAGUUAAGAACGGAUGAACUUUGACACGAGAGUUGCUUAAAACUUCAAAGAAAAAAUAAUGGCCUCCAUAGGGGCGAGGAUUGUUGUCUGCUCCGAGAGAGGGGCACAACUCUGCUAGUAGGAUAAACAGCUAGAUUUCAAAUUUUGUUGGAAUGCUGUACCUGUCCUUUGUUCCCCGGGUGUGCGGUAUGUCGCAAUAAGAAAUAAGGAAUAACAGAAAGAAUUUAUACACUAGCGAUUAACCGCAGGAUGCUUUUCAUUUUGUUGUGUUCUAUUGUUAUCACCAUAGUUACCUGGUGUAUGCUGGUUUGGUAUUUGUGUCUCUGUCCCAGCCUUACAUGCAGCAUCAGUACGGCAAGGACUGGGCACGAAAAGCGCCCAUAAGACUGUGCGACCGCGUUCUUUACGGUGUUUUAAAUAAAGCAGGACAGGAAGUCAUCUUACUGAGUCAGGUGAGUUUAACUGUGACUGUGCAGACAUCUUAACAGCUCUUUCUUAUGGAAAAUAAAGCGGAAAUUCUUCCCAGAAGGAGGGUAGUACGUGAGCAGUGCGGCUCCGAAUAGCUACAAAACUGAUAUGAGUUAGUGGCCAAAAAGCUUGCCGGAUCAGUGACCUCUUAAAGCCGGCACUGACGGAUCAUAACAGUGAGUGGGGAGGGUACAAAGCUCCAGUGGUGAUGAAAUAUGGGUUGGUUUCACACUGGUAUUUCAAGUGUGAAGUAAGGUCUAGUAUAGUGCUCAAACGUUUUAUUCCAGCUGGUCGCUGUGGAUGAGAGACUGCUUAUUCCAUUGGGGUCAAGCAGAACACCGAAAACUUUAAUUUCUUGGAGGUUUCGUGGGCCCUGGAACUAAAACGCAUAAGAUCUCGGGGAAGUAAAGGUUUGGCCCUUUUAGUGCGAGAGUGGUUUAUAAACCCUAUCCACUAAAUCACGGUGCUCCUCAGCUGAAAGUGUUAUUUACAAGUGUUGCGUUGAUUCAGCAAUGCCGUCAUUUUUUUUCCCAGGUCCUGGCUGCAGAAUUGACUACAGGCUAUGAAACAAUGGCAAAUCUUCAGCUUUUCAAGGUGAACGGAAUUCCAAUUCUGAACCUUAAACAUCUUGCCUCUGUGUUGGAUGACAUUACAAGGCCUUUUAGCAAAAAUGGUGACUCUCACAACUCAGCUGCAAAAACUGAAAUAACUGUGACUACAGAUAGCUGUCUCAAAGCUAGUCCUUUACCUAAACAGAACGAAGUUACUGUCAAAAGCUCUGGGGCAAACCCCAGGCAAAAUGAAAACAUUAUACCUUUAAAGGAAAUCAGUCAGGGAAUGGAUGAAUCGGACAGCCGUUCUUGUGCAAAACUCAAAACUUUAGAGGAUGUGAAGAAGGACGUCGAGAGAGGAAGCUCAGUUUGCGAUAGUGACGUUGAUUCUUUAUCGGAAGACAGAACCUCAUCCACAGAUCCCAGAAAACAAGAUUUUGUGAAAUCAGAUUCUUGUGCACGGGACUCUUUCUUUUCAUCAACACAAACGGCUGAAGAGAAUUCUGGUGUGGACCAAGACCCCACUCUUCUGAACAGAGAGGACUUUGUACAUUUUGAGUUGGAUAAAGACAAGAUUAUUGUCCUUCACAUCCCAACAGCUUACAUCGCCGCUCCGGAAAUAUUGCGCCAAUAUGCAAUAGGUCAGUCUCGCUCGGAUGAUCUACCUACACCCCCGUAAAAGAUCAUUAGUCAUGCUCGUGGCCUUGUCGUGAUCACGUGUUGCACAUGUGAAUGAGGGACUUUCCUAUUUCCUAGAUGGCUCUGUAGCGACAAAUAGCUCGUGCCUACCCGAUCAAGUUAGUCACUAGCAGUUUAAGAAAUUUGCAACGAAACUACAAAGAAACGUGAACUGAAGUUGAGUUAAAGUGCGAUAAUUAUGUCGUUCUGUCAAGCAUGGACUGUGAAUAUUUCUAAUGCCAAUAAGAAGUAGUCAUUCAAUUUUCUAAUGCGAAAUGACUGACCAUCUUGUCAGAGUGGUUACAGUUUAAUAUAGUGUACAUAUCCCUCGGAGCUGGUUCUCUAUAACUGAUCAUGGCCGGCUCUACAAAAGAAGUUUUAUCUUUGUACGUGAGGCGGGGCAUCAGAAGAAGAUUCAGAUUUGAAAGAUGUCAAUCUUUUGACCGUUUUAUUCUUUAUAUUUAUACUCAUGAAGGUUGCUAAUAAUUUAUGUGACCUCUUGUAAAACAUGUUUAUUUCUAAGUCUUUUAGUAUUUUAAUUUGAAACGUUUUUAUUUCCAGCAACGAUCAUUGCACUGUUGAAGUUACUUUUCGUGUUGUUCGUAAGAUAAAAAAAGGAGCUCAGGCGCGGAUCUAGGAUAAAUACGGACCGAUUUCCUAAACAAGGCGGAGUCCCGGGGCAUGCUUUCCCAGGAAAUACUAUUGGAUUUAACUCCCUAAAGUCCCCAUACCUGGGUUUCUGAGUCAUAAAGUUUGGACAGUGUAUUGGCCAGUUCCAUUCUCCUCGGAUGAAGCCUUACAAAUCGGCGGAAUAUUAUUAUUAUUUCUAAUGCCUGGAAAUUAGAGGGAGAAAAAUUAUCCAAACCAUUUUCCAGAAAAAAUAUUUUUUUUAAUGAAAUAUCGGACCGAUUUCCGUAAAACCGUGGAAACCGGUGUGGAUCCGCGCCUGGAGUCGAAAAAUGAAUAGCAUGUCAAUGCAGACUUAUUUCUGGCUGUCGUAGACUUAAAUGUCAGCAGUCUCCACUCCCCUAACCCGUGGGGGAUGCGGGGGAAAGAGAUUCUGCAAGGGUUUGGGGGUGGAGACGACUGACAUUUUAGACUUCGGCUGUGGCAUCUCUUUGUAGCCAGAGAGGUUAAUAGCAAGAACAUGUUCUGCUAGAAUACGGGAAAAAGCAUAAACAGGUGUAAGUUUUGUGUUGUCAUGUUUUUGUUUUGUUGUGCUUUUUUGAACUUGUCGUCUAUUAUAGUAGCUGCACUUGUGUUUUCGAGCAUU